AUGUCUUCAUUACGUACUAUUCAAAAUCGCUUCAAAUGUCGAAUUUCCAGCUGCACCUCCAGCUUCCGGCGAAAAGAACACCAGAAUCGCCGUUGUCCGCUUUGCGCCCGAAGAUUCUCUAGAAGUGACUCCCUUCGUCUCCAUAUCCGUCUCGAUCACGGGCCACAAGAGCCGUUCGGUGGAGGCGCUCCCUGUAGUCGCUGUUCCGCCCAGGCACGGCACUGUGUUUAUGACGACCGCCAAAGAACUCAACAACACGACCAGCAACCUCAAUCUUCACGGACAUCGCAGCCACCGGAAGAUCAAACGCCUUCUUUCUCUCCCCUCCCCACUGACGGAGGCCAUGACUCUACCACCCCGCGGGAGGUGGCCAUCAGCCUGCAUCGGAAACUGGGCCCAUCCAUACUAGCGCAGCAGGAGAGAUGGACUUGCGCCCUUCCUUCUCAAGGAGAACCACUCAACGACGUCGUCAACAACCCAAUACCAGAGCAAGCAACCGUAUCUCGAUGUCCCGUAGCCACAAACCAGGCAAUCCUCCUAUAUCUGAUCUUUUCGCUUGUACUUAAUAGCAACGGCAAUACUGACACCAAUAUUAGCAAUAAUAUUACUGGCAUCUGCGCCACUCCACGCUCCCUCGACCUAACACACACUCUCUCCCCCAUGGACCAACACAUCCUUUCCCUCCUGGUGAGUACCUGCCUCCGAAACAACAUAUUCUAUUAUCCACAAAUGAUGAACCGGUACCAUCAUACCAUGCAAUCCAUCACUUGCAUCUGGGUCGGGAUGGAAGAACUCAAGCGGUUCGGAUUGGCAUUGUAUAAAGAUUGCCGGCUGUGUCAGAGCGGAAACGAUAUACUAGAAAGUGAAGCGGAUACGGGUGAAGGGAGAAAAGUAUUACGCAUUUCUGAUUUACAGUUUCCGCCUCCAGAUAUUCGGCAUCUCUGGGUGGCACAGUCAAUUUGGGAGCUGUCGCAUUUGCUGCAGAUGGAAGCGUGUCGUCGUGGAAUGCGGCUGGAUGGUCGUGUUGAGGGGAAUUGGAUCUCAUCGUGCGGGAGGUUGUUGGAUGGGGAAGGGAUGGAGAGGUAG